AUGGACGCACCAACAUCAAAAGCGCGCGUCUCGGUACGCCCUCCGAGUUCACUCCCGUUGCGCAUUCUAUUUUGCGUGUUGGAGCCUGGUGUCGACUUGCUCAACGGCCUCGUGGAGUUUAUGAACUCCGCUUCACUCCCUAUGGCGUUUACGGUGUCAAGCUACGGCGUGGUGACGUGCGGUCGAGUUCGGAAACCGCUCGAGCCGCGUCCAGAGACGCCAGAGGCCAUCCUGGAUGAGUUCCAUCAGCGCCUUGGUAUUCAGCAGGAGUGCCGAACCUAUGACGCGCCCCAGCGUCUCGAGCACGUGGUUGGCGAGUCCCAGUGGAAGGCAUGGGAAGCAGAACGCGCCCACCCAUCUCAAGAACAGAAUCGGCUUGCGUUCACUUUAGAAGGAGCAAACGCAUUCCAGCCGUUUGUUAUCGAGGCAGCAGACUGGUGCACAGCGCACGGCAGCCGCUAUCAACAACCGGUUGUUGUGUCCUACAUUCAGGGUGGUCGACGACGGUCUCUUGGAGAUCGUUUCUUCCUGUUUGCCAGUGGACAUCUCCGUCCUGAACGAAGGAGCAUCAGCGAAGAAGGAACACACACGCGAGGCAGUAAGGCAGCGGCCGCCGAGGAACCAGGAGAAACGCAGCCGGACCGGAUGCCGUCCAGCGCCGAAACUACUACUACUACUGCUGCUGCUGCUGCUGCUGCUGCUGCUGCUUGUUCAGCGCCAAACGAUGGACCUGUUGUAGACGAACUCGAAGCGCACGCCGUGCAAGUAGGCUUGUUAGAUCACGGGACGCAAGUCGCAGUACCCGGUAUUCGUGUAGCUUUCGGAAUGGCCGUUCCAGACGAUCAGAGCAACAGCCGCAUGUACGUUUCACGGGUACGCUCGGGAUCCGAGCUCAUGACUGCUGUGCGGAAGAUUCUUACAGGUCGACAGCUUGACGCAGCAGUGGUCUUGGGCUGCUCCGGUCACUUGCGCGGGAUCCGCUUUCAGCGCUAUGCCUAUCACGCGAACAACGAGACAGCAGCAAAGGCAGCAUCGGCUGAAGAGGAGCUUUUCGCCGCUGGUGAAGCUUUCCUCAUCGAGAGUCUGCAGGGUUGUUACGAUAGUCAGCGUGAUGGGCCUGCGAUGACAGCAGAACUUAACUGGGUCUUGAGUAUCCUCGAUGAUCGCCCGUGGCGGGAUACGAUCGACGGGAAAAGCGACGCUCAAGUACCUCUGUUGCGUUCGUACGGAGGACUGGUGAAGCAAGCGAUCUGUGACGGCGAUGUCGAGCUCGUUAUUGCUCAGGUCAUAUCCACGGCAUAA